AGCCUGUAACAGAGCAGCAACGGGCACCCCUUCCGGACAACAAGGCGCCGCCCACCACAACCCCGAUGCGGUACGACCACGCACGCCCGCCGAGGACUCGAUGUUCACUGCAGGGACACGAUGACAGGAUCAGCAAGCGGCACCGCCGCCGCCGUGUCGGUCCCGGCGACGACGAGGGCGUCAUCAGCGUCAGCGGCAGCAGCAGCAGCAGCCCCGGAAGAGGAUGUGGUGAUGGGCGGCACUUCGACGGCGAGCACAGCAGCGGCGGCGGCGGCCACCCCGAUUGUCAGCGCCAGUCUCUUGGCGACGGUUGGCAGCAGCAACCAUAGCGCUCAUGGUUCUAAUGACAGGGGUGCCGAGACCCGGGCGCGGUGCAGCCAAUGCGGGCGCCGGCGCACCGCGUGCCACCACCUCCCGAAUCAGCAGGGCGCCCAGCAGCCCACCAGCCAGUCGCGGUCUAGGUCCUCCGCACAGGCAAUUAACGCGGUUGCCAACGGAGCUCCCAGCGCCGCCCUGGCGCCCUCGCACCCGCACCUGCACCCACACCCGCGACCCCGCAGGAUCUCCAAGCUUAAACACCGCGCUUUAAGUGCGGCGAGCGCCGCCCAAACCAAUGCGGCCUCCGCCUCCGCCUCCGUUUCGUUUUCCCCUUCCCACGAUUUCUCGGGCAACGCCAAGCCGGCCGCCUCCGCCUCCGACAGCAGCGACAGCACGAGUGCCGCCAUGGAACCCCCCGUCCUCUCGUUUUACGGCAAGGAGCCGGUCCCGCUGCCGUCGCGCUUUGCCAACAUCAAGCGCAGCCUCGUCGCCGGACGCGAGGCCGAGCUCGAGGCCUCGUGGGCCCGCCUGCUCGAGGCCCUGCGCGACGACGUCGACGACAUUGCCUCGCACGGCUCCACCCUGACGCCAAGCAUCGACUUUGCCGACAUUCACAAGCCGGACGCCAAGGCCGCCUUCGCACGCGACCUCAAGCGCUACGGUUUGGGGCUAAUACGUGGGGUCGUGCCCCGCGCCGACGCGCAGGUCGCCAUUGACGAGACGGUCAAGUACCUGGAGAAGCAGACCGACUUCAAGCCGCCGCCGCCGCAAGAUCCGACAUGUUUCGACUUUUUCUGGACCCCCGCGCAGGUGCGCACGCGAGCGCAUCCGCGCGUCCUGGAGGCGCAGCGGUUCGCCAUGUCGCUGUGGGACAACAACGCCGACGACCGCAUGGCCAUCCGCUUCCCGAUUGCGUACGGCGAUCGGCUGCGCAUCCACGGCGCCAACAUUGGCGGUGUGGGUCCCGACACCGCCGCGGCCAACAAGGCCAAGGAGGACGACGGUUCGCCCGACGCCGAAGUCGAUGACGACUCGGAGGCUCAGAAGGCCGCCGCGGAGCUGAUUGGUGACUUCACCUCCUCGACCGUCAUCGCGCAGGUGGACAAUGGCAGCCUCGAGCGCUGGGAGCCCGACGGGUACGGCCGCGGCGGCACCUACGACGCUGUGUUCAAGGGCGAGUGGGAGAAGUACGACCCGUGGGAUCCCACGUACCGCGUGAGCGCCACGCCCGACCUCUACAACGGCUACGGCUCGUGCAGCAUCUUCCGGAUGUUCCAGGGCGUCGUCGCCCUGAGCACCAUCGAACCGGGCCUGAUCCGGCUGCUCCCCAGCCCGAAGCUCGCCACCGCCUACUUCCUCCUCCGCCCCUUCUUCUCCCCCAAGACCAAGGCGCCCGAGUGCCGCAGCGGCCCGGAAUGGGAGGCCUUCCUGGACGCCUCCAACUGGGCGCUAGAUAAAGACCAAACUACCAUCAUCCACGGCGCCGUGCCCGGCCACGCGCAGCGCCUGACCGAGCUGUGGCACCCGCACCUCCACCUCCGCCGCACCCUCGUCACUAUCCCGACGCUGCAGACGGGCGACUACAUUAUUUGGCACCCGGACCUCGCAUACCAUAUCACCUCCAACAACCCCAACCUCAUGGCCAGCCGCGCGCCGACGCCGCCACCCCCGGACGCGGAAUCAUCUGGCGCGGAAGCGCCGCCGCCGCCUGGCCGGCCCGUCUCCAUCCUCGUCUACGUGCCCGCCGCGCCGCUCACGCAGACCAACGCGCUGUACCUGGCCCGCCAGCGCAAGACCUUCCUGCGCGGGCACCCGGGCCCAGACUUCGACUCGACCGGCAGCGGGCUGGGCAGCGAGGCCAGCCACGUCAGCCGGCCGACCGAGACCGACAUCGCCGAGGUCGGCGGGCCCGCCGGCCUGCAGGCCAUGGGGCUCGCGCCGUUCGACGUGGCGCCGACGCCGCCGGACGAGGCCACGACUGCGACCGCGCCCGCGAACGGGGCCGGCGGCGACGGCAGCGGCCAGGGGAGUGCGGCGGCGGAUGGGGAUGUGGAGAUGGCUGGCGCUUCUACGGGAGGGACAGCCACUGCGGCAGCGGCGGCGGCUGCGCCGGGUGCGGGUGGGCACUCCAUGACGAGGGCUGAGGCCGAGGUGGCGCGCCUGGCGAAUAUCAUCUUGUUCCCGGACCGCUAUGACUUCUACAUGGCGAAGCCGAACGGGAGUGGCACCAAGCGGAGCAAGGUCCGGGUAGAAAGGAAACCGGACGGGGAGGGCACAGCAGACGGGAAGAAGGCGGACAAGGAGAAGGAUCAGGACAAGGGGAAGGAUCAGGACAAGGGGAAGGGGAAAGAGGUCGAGGGCAAGACAUGAAGACGGGGAACCCAAGACGGGGCGGGGAGCGGCUUCGCACGGCGGGUUGAGCACUUACAGGGUGUUAUAGAGGAGAUGUUGCCAUACCCCUGGU